AUGCUGUUCCUGUCUCUGGCGACGCUCUCUUCCUGCCUGUUCUACAUCUUGGCGACUUACCUCCACGACCGGCACUGGGUCCGCCACGUCGAGACCGGCUAUGGGAUUCUGUUCCUCGUGGACUACUCUCUCACCGUCGUAGCAGCGCCGAUCCCUUUGGCGUACGCUCUGGGCAAGGGUGGGCUCAUCGACCUCGUCAGUUGUCUCCCAGCCUUCGGGUCCUUCCAGCCUUGGAUGGCUUCGCUUUCCUUCGUCAGGUACCUCCGAGUUGGAAAAGCCAUACGCGUCAUGCGCAACCACAAGCUGCUGGCGAGCAUCUUCCCAAAUGACGACGUCACCAUCAAGGCGACCUUGCUAAUCGUAAAGGUCAUUGGGGUGGUGAUGAUGACAUCAGCGAUUCUGUACGGCGUGGAGCGGGGGCUCACGGAUGGCGAGGGGACGGGGGCUUUCAACGAGCCGGGGUGGCAGUGGCACGACGCCUUCUACUUCACCAUCGUCACGCUGUCCACUGUCGGGUGUGCGUCAUCAUCUUCGCGCUCACGUACAUCCCGCUGGAGGUGGCUGCACGUCGUGCUGGCCAUGUCGGGCGAGGACGGCGCGGACAGCGAGUUCGACCCCGACAUGCUGGAGAGAUGCGUGGCUGAGUUCUUCGACGAUGACCAGACGGCUAGCAACGUGUCGGUGUGGGUUGUCGUCAUGGCGCCCGCAUCCCCGAGCGAGGAGAUCAGUGCCCUGUGUCGCCAGCCCAAGUACCGGUCCAGGGUGAUCUACUUCCGGGGCAGCGUGACCAACCCCAGGGACAUGGCCGCUGUCUGUGCCGAGUACGUUUGUUCUCCUUCGUUCGGAUGGUACGCCGACUGCAUCUUCUUGUUCCCCAGCUCGGUCGUUGACGGUGACGCUCGCGCCGCCGAGGAGACCACCCACCUCGCCGCCAAGGCCGUGCGGCGAUAUAUCGACCGCACACCCAUAGACGAGACUCUGAUGGAGGGGGUCAAGGUCCUGAGCCAGACCGGCAACCCUCGCCGGACGGUCAUCACCGUCGAAGACCUGCACAGCAAGGAUCAGCCCUCGAUAUGA